UCCAAGCCUUGGAGGGUGAAGAACUGAAGAAGAUCGAGAUCGGAGAAAUCUUCGUCGCCGAGGUAUUGAGGACAAUCAUGCCAGUUCUCUUGCCCAUCGACCUCAUCGCUUCUCGUUAAGAACGGUCGAGCGUCAACUCCUAGAUCGGAAGCUAAGACAAUCACAGAGAAAUCUUCCGCCAUCGCCGGAAUUUCUCCUCCCUCUCACGGAUCUUCCUACUUUUUCUUCUUUUGCCUUUCUGCUUCUGGCUAAGGGAUUAAAGGUUUAUACUUACCUGCGGAAGAGUACAUAAGAGUUUACGUGCGACAGAACACGUGGCAAACUAGUUUUACAAAACGUCGGCGUUCAAAACCGACGGCGACCAAAACGUCGCCGUUUCAAUCUUCUCCACUCUCCGGUUGUCUACACUUCUUCCACUUCUCGGGAAAUCCCUCUGGUUUCUCUGCUACAUUGUCAAAACUUACCAGGAGGGAACAAAAAUCCUCCGAUCCGGCGAGAUUUGAUUCGAUUUCCGAAAAGUCAAUUUCCUUGCGCUAAAUCAGCUAAGAAGGUCUAGAGGUGAGAAAAAAUGGCGGCUUCGCGUUUACAGAUGGAAGGAGAUGACUCUGUACUUCUACACGUCACUCACUCCAACCUUAAGAGCUUCGCUGCGGAUGUUCGUUUCUCUCCGCAAAUGAAUGUGGAAGCUGUGAAAGAAAAGCUCUGGAAGAAAUGUGGCACAUCUGUUACUGCCAUGGCCUUAGAGCUCUAUGAUGACUGUGGCUCAAAGGUUGCAGUUCUCAGUGAUGAUACAAGACCACUCGGUUUCUUCUCCCCUUUCGAUGGGUUUCGGUUACACAUCAUAGAUCUUGAUCCCUCGUCGGUCACAACUGGAGGCUGGCUUGAAGAUACGUCAUUGGUUGAGAAGUAUACCAUCUCAGAAGAGGAUUAUGCUAAACGAACUGACAGUUUUAGGAAAUUCAAAGAAAAAAGAGUGUCUCAAAAUCCUGCUGCUCCUGAGUCUAAGCAGACGAAGGAGAACUUCAUGGAAGAUCUCUGUGCAAAUUUCAAGGUGGGAGACAGAUGCCAAGUUGAGCCCGGGGAGAAAAGAGGAAUGGUCAAAUAUGUUGGACAAGCAGAGUCGUUGGGUCCUGGCUAUUGGGUUGGAAUUCAGUAUGAUGAACCCCUUGGAAAACACGAUGGCAUGGUAAAAGGAACAAGAUUCUUUGAGUGCCCUCUGCUUCAUGGAGGUAUGGUCCGGCCAGACAAAGUAAAGGUUGGUGAUUAUCCCGAAAGAGACCCUUUCGAAGAAGAUGAAAUAUAAGAUUUCACGGAAGCAUCAAACCAGCGACCAGAUAUGGAGCAGAAGGAGUUUCGAAAGAUUUGCUUUUGUGUUCUACAUCUACUCUUUAUAUUAUUACACUUUUGACUCUAUUUUCGGAUUUCAAAAGAUUUAGUGAAAA